AUGGAAAAGAAAGGAAGGAGUACACAUCAAGAAAAUAAGGCUUUGGUAAAUGAUGUUGAGGUACGGGUAGUAAAAUGGAUGGAAAGGCAGUCGGUCACUUUGUUGUCCACAUCUGUAUCAGCAGAACCUCUGCACGAGGGUAAAAGUUUUGAUGGAAAUGCUAAGGCUUCAAUCAUGAUCCCCUGUCCUGCAGCUGCUAAGAGUAGAAAAAAUUCAAAGGACACAGAACAACGAUGUGAGCUUAGGUUGAAUUAUGUCAUCGCCCUGAAGAACACUUUGGAGUUGCUUGACCCAUUGAGGAUGGCUUUAGAGGACGUUUCUGACCCUCUUUUGUCAUCUGUGAAGGAGGCAGUGAACAGCCAAGCCCUAAGGGAACUUCUUGACCUGUUGCGGGAGGUUUUGCACGAAGACGCUCGUCUCGUGAAAGGUACAGCAGCCAUGAGGACCCAGCGAUGUUAUGCUAUAAAGAGUCAUGUCAACGGACUUUUGGAUGUGGCACGGAAGAUCUACUCGGAAAUCAUUGAUGAUAUCACUACUUAUGUGGAAGAACUUGGAAAAGAACUGAAGAUGAUGCUCAGUAGGGGGGUCAACAAUGCCAGCCACGAGGAUCCAUAUAUCUAUUUCCCACAAAAAGAAAAGUGCUCUUAA